CCAAAGUUUUUUUAUUCAACGGAAAUUUAAAUAUAUAGCGAAAGCACACUUAUAUCCCUUCUAGCAGAGAUAUGGUGCCUCUUGAGAUAUUUCGCGUUAUUGUCAUUAUCAUACUGCUGAUUAGCAUCACCGUGGUUUUUUCCCUUCGGCUAAGCACCCCAGAGCAAGAAUAAAGACUUGAAAGGACACAUCCGCUUACCUGCAUAUUCUCGUGCUUCUCCUUGCGAUUGGCGAUCGCUUUGAGCUCCUCGCUGCAAAUCAAAGAACUCACGUAGUUUGUGGUCAGGUUGUCUAUGAAGUUCUUCUGCCUGGACUGAGUGGCGUUCCACCACCUGCGCACCACGGCAGGCAGCUUGCGGAGCACCUCCGUGUACAAGUGGCAGGCAUAUCGCUCCAGGGGUAGAUGUCGAUCUGCAAAAUGGAUCAAGAAAUGUAACAAGCAUGGAAAACCCAAUAAACUUCAAGGAUAUACCCUCCGAGAUGCCGCAGCCAAAGCGCAUUCAACUUGAGGGCGAGACUUCGGUGGCCGAAGCCAUAAACUUCCUGAAGACGCAAUGCGAUACGCGCAAGGAGCACAAGCCUGAGGAGUUUCAGCAGGAUGGACCAACCGUAGCGGACGAGUUAAACGCUCGCCUGGCCAUGGUUCAUGUGCGCGAGACUCGUGCCAAACGCAUUCGCCGCUUAGUUAAGUUUUCCCCCAAUGAGACGCAAGCAUUGUACAGGUUCAUCUGUGUCUGUCCCCGCUACCAUCCUUGCUAUGUGCCCUGCCAACACACGGGACAAAUAAUCAUCGACCGGGACGUGUUGUCCCGCGAGGAACACAUAUGUUUUCUAGCUACACCCAAGAAGGACUUCUCCUCACCCCAGUUGGCCAAACAGGCGCGCUACUACACCAAAAAGAUCUACGUUAACCAAUGUACAGCACGGGUUGAACGACUUGCCGAUCCUCACCCAAUGCGAGUGAGUGACACAUACAAUUUCUUUAAGGACUACCUCUCGCCUCGUCAUAUAGCGGCUCUAGAGAACCAGAUGAAACCCAAACCUCCGGUAGAAGCCAUGUCAAUGGAGAAGGCGCUGGAAUACAUGGAGGAGGAGAUGCGUCAGCGCAAGGCAGCGAAGCGUGUCCAAAAGCGACGAUGCAAGGGUCUAAAAAAACGAAUCAUUUUGCGCCAGCGCAAGCAGAUGCAAAAGAUAAUUUGCGUACUGUUCGAGGAAAUGAAGGACUUUCUACUCAACGAUCAGUUUAUUGUUGACGAGAACUCCCCUCUAUGUUGCGUAAUUCUUGAGAGACUUCGAGAAUUUACAGAUCAAGAAUUCUAUACGACAAGUAAUUUGCAAGAGUAUCAGAGGAUAUUGGCCAACAACCUAACCGUUUGGGUCAACAAGUUCAUAUCAAACUUAAACAUUUACUUGACACCUCAGCAAAUACCUGUAAAACGACAGAUGAUGGCAGAGAACGAUCCCGAACAGUUUGUGCCCUUGUCAGAUUUCAUUUCUGUAUCCGAUGAGGCGGAUGCAGAGGAAAUGAUGAACGAUGUCGAGCACGGAGCCGCUGAAUAUGACGACUAUGGAUAUGGGGAGGACUACUUGCCCGACGUUCUCAAUACGGAUAUAUCGGAGGAAACAAUAAUCUAAGUAAUGUUCAGCUUACCCUUCUGCUGAGACCAGGUCAGCUCUUUGUAAACGCCGUUGCUGUGGACCUUGGCACCGUGGUUCUUAAGUAUGUCCACGGGCAUUGCGCGGAAAAGGAAGUGAAGGAAAUUCUGUGGAGCAAAGAAAUUGAAAGUGUAAAUUUAAAAUUAUUAGUAAAUUUAAUGUAUCGUUUCC